AUGAUCGUGGCGACUCACAAGUGCGGAUGUCCGCCGAAGGAGAAGCCACCCUGUUCCCCGUGUUGCGCUUCUCGAGAAAGGGCGAAAGGCAAACGUCCAGCUCGUUCGGGAUGGCCCGAGAAGCCGGAAAUCGAGGUACCAACGUGCUGUCCGAUAAAACCCGAAGACACCUCGCCUUACUCGUCGCGAAAAAUUCGUUCCGAGAUCGUUGACGCCGGGUUGCCUUACAAGGAACUGGAGGCUGUUAUCAACGACAAUCGAUUGGUGAUCAGGACGCAAAAGGAACCCGUCAAGGAGGAGUACGAGCCUCCUUGCGACUGCGUCGAGGAUCCACGACCCGGGAGAACGAGCGUGGACAGAACGGAGCAGAAGCAGAGUUCCGGGAAUCGUACCGUGACUUUGUAUCCUCGAGCGCACUCGUUGGACGAAAGUUUGAACUCUGACGAGGAGACUGACGAGGAAAGCGAAACAGCCAAGGUCAGAUCGACGCUUGUCGAGGAGAAUCCGAACAUAUUUCUGCUGAGGGUGAAGAAAAGAAGUAGACGCGGUCAAAAUAUCGACCUCGAGUUCAGGAUACCGCGACCCUGGUCGACGAAGAAACGAUUCAAGUACUGCAAGGAUGUGUACAGGCCACCAGUGGACGAAGAAACAAAGAUGGCGGUCAGUGAGGUUUCCGUGGACGCGGGGAACAGACAGGGAAAGGCAAGGGAGACAGAGAAGGGAAAAUCUAUUUCUUUCGAGACGAAGAGGAAGAGGAAGUGA